CCCUAACCUCUCCUCUUAUGUUUCAUUAACACUUUCAUCCUCUAUUUGCAGAUUUUCUCGUCUGCGGAGCCUCAACCUGUCCAACAACCACAUCGGUCAAUUCCCCCCGGCCAUCUGUGACAUCCCCACGCUGAUGGAGGUCAACCUCAGCUGUAAUUACUUGACCUGUGUCCCAGGCUCUGUGGGGGCCAUGAUCAAUUUGCAGACUUUCCUUUUGGACGGCAACAGUCUAGAUGAGCUUCCCAAAGAGCUGUGUUCCCUCCAGAGGCUGAGUUACUUAGGUCUCUCCUUCAACCAGUUCAAGCAUGUGCCGCAGGUGCUGGAGCAGUUGACCUCCAUGGAGAAGCUGUGCAUGGCUGGAAACAACCUAGAAACACUCACACUGCAGAAUUUCAGACUUCUACGAGUCAAACACAUCGAUCUAAGGUUGAAUAAGAUCUCCAGCAUGGUGCCGGAUGAGCCUGACCUGCUGAGACACGUGACUCAGCUGGACGUGAGGGACAACCGGCUGACGGAGCUGGACGCCUCGGUCUUCCCCCGGCUGGAGGUGCUUCACUGCGAGAGGAAUCGCAUCAGCUGCCUCAAGACCAAGAGUUGCUUGCUCAAAGGCAUCUACGCCUCCAACAACGAGCUACGGCAACUGGAUGUCAGUCCUGUGCCCUCCAAUCUUAGUUACAUGGACAUCUCGAGGAACCAUAUGGAGUCUUUGCCUGAAUGGCUCUGUGAAGCGAAGAAACUGGAAGUUCUGGACUUGAGCCACAACCUCAUCACUGAGCUCCCGGCACGGUUGUUAUGCAGCAACAGUCUAAGAAAGCUGAGUGCAGGACAUAACCAGUUGCAGAAGCUGCCUGAAAGAGUGGAGCGCCCUCUGCUGGAGGUUUUGGACGUACAGCACAAUCAACUGGUGGAGCUGCCCUGCAACCUGUUCCUCAAAUCUGACAGUUUACGGUGUGUAAAUGCGUCAGCCAAUAAGCUAGAGCACCUGCCACCAUCCAGCCUAUCAGAGGAAAGCAACAGCAUCCUGCAAGAACUGUACCUGACCAAUAACCGGCUGACAGAUAAGUGUGUACCCCAGCUAACCGGCCAUACACACCUUCGUGUUCUGCACAUGGCCUACAACCAUCUUCAGACCUUUCCAGCCAGUAAAAUGGCCAAGUUGGAGGAGCUGGAGGAGCUGGACCUGAGCGGGAACAUGCUGAAGACUGUGCCCACAACCAUCAUGAAUUGCCGGCGAAUGCACACACUCAUCGCCCACUCCAACGCCAUCGAGGUGUUCCCUGAGGUCAUGCAGCUGAUGGAGAUGAAAUGUGUGGAUCUGAGCUGUAAUGAGCUCAAUGAGAUCACACUACCAGAGAAUCUGCCUCCAAAGCUUCAGGAGCUGGACCUGACUGGAAACCCCCGUCUCAACCUGGACCACAAGACCCUCGAGCAGCUCAAUAAUAUCCGCUGCUUCCGUAUUGAUCCGCCUCCAACCUUCUCGUCGAAUGAGGCAUCUGGUGGGCCUGCUGUGUGGAGUCAUGGUUACACAGAGGCCUCGGGCGUUAAGAAUAAACUGUGCGUUGCGGCUCUUUCAGUGAACAGUUUCUGCGGGAGUCGUGAGGCUCUGUAUGGUGUGUUCGAUGGUGAUAGGAAUGUGGAGGUGCCCUACUUGUUGCAGUGCACAAUGAAUGACGUGUUGGCGGAAGAAAUACACAAGACCAAGAGCGAAGAGGACUACAUGACCAACACCUUCCUUGUUAUGCAGAGAAAACUGGGAACUGCGGGGCAGAAACUGGGUGGCUCAGCGGCUCUGUGUCACAUCCGCCAUGACCCCACUGACCCCGGGGGCUGCUUCACCCUCACAGCUGCUAAUGUGGGCAAGUGCCAGGCCAUCCUGUGCCGUGAUGGAAAGCCAUUAUCGCUGUCUCUGCUCCAAAAUAUUGGGCUUGAGGAAGAAUACCGCAGGAUCAGGCAGCACAGGGCUAUCAUCACUGAGGACAACAAGGUGAAUGGUGUGACCGACUCCACGCGAAUCAUGGGUUAUUCCUUCCUCUAUCCAUCGGUUAUACCCUGUCCCUACGUACAGACAGUCACUCUCACCCCCCAGGAUGAGUUUUUCAUUCUGGGUAGCCGGGGCUUGUGGGAUGCUGUGUCUCCCACCGAGGCAGUGGAAGCUGUUCGAAACGUCCCUGACGGCCUGGCUGCUGCGAAGAAGCUGUGCACGCUGGCGCAGGGAUACGGCUGCACCGACAGCCUCAGCGCAGUUGUGGUCCAGCUCAGUGUGAGUGAGGACUGCUGCUCCUGCUGCUGUUCAGAGCCUCCCCAGCCCCCUCCCAGCCCCGGCCUGGGCCCCUACCCCCCGUCGUCUUCUGCCACCAAGGAGCGGCCCUCAGACGGCUCCCUGCCAGUCCCUUCCUCCUGCAGUGAAAUCAGUAGUGAGAUCAGCACCAGCGAGAUGAGCAGCGAGGUGGGCUCCACGGCCUCAUCAGAUGAACCACCGCAGAGCUCCUUGGUGCUGCUGCACGAGCAGCCCCACCAUCCAAACCUCCCCCUGCACCAUCAGGCCCACUCGCUGUCCCUGCAGCACCAACAGGCCCACACAAGCACCCAGCACUGCCAGUACCUGUUCCCGGGUUCAGAGCUGCCGUCUUCCCGCAGCUGCUGUGCCCUCCAUCCUGCAUGUUUAGCAGGGUCCUUCCAGAGGCAGCUGUCCAGCGCCACCUUCUCCAGCGCCCUGUCUGACAACGGGCUGGACAGCGAGGACGAGGAGCCCAUCGCCGGUGUGUUCUCUAACGGGAGCCGUGUGGAAGUAGAGGCGGAUAUCCACAGCCUCAAAGCAGAGUCCGCCUCCUCCUCAUCACCGCAAACAUCAUUACCUUCAUCCUCCAGCCAAGAGGGCACCAUGCUGACUCACCCCCCACCCCCUCCACCGCCGUGCACCCCAGAGCCCCUGGAGGAAGCGGUCGACAUGGGCCUCGGGGAGGCUGAGAAUGGGUUAGAGAGAGAUGAGUCAUGGCAGGGAGUGGGAGCAGGAGGCGGGGACGGAGGGAAGUCUGCAGGCAAGAGGAGGCCAAAUGGGUCGGUGGCACGUCAGGAAAGAAGUCACAACCUGAUUGAGGUGGCCGCUGAUGCUCCCUCUAAGAAGUCGGGGGGUUACUUCACAGCUCCAGCCCAGCCCGACCCAGAUGACCAGUUCAUCAUCCCGCCGGAGCUGGAGGAGGAGGUGAAGGAGAUCAUGAAGCAGCAUCAGCAGAAACAGCAGAAACCGCCUGGGACCGAUCAGCCCACAGACUACUACGACACCCCUCUCUGAACAACAACAACACGACUACAGCCUCAUCUCACUCCCAGCUGCAGCAUGCAUAGAAGCUUACUGUACCAUUGACCUAACCAGUCUGAUGUACCGAACAUGGACACAAACAAAUGAGUUUCCUCAAGAGGCUCUAAAAUGCACAGUUGGAACAUUCUUCUUUUUUUUAUAGCCUUCUUUUCUUUAAACAGCCACAUCAUUGGAGAUCCAUGCACUGUAACCUGACCCUCCCACUUCUACCCAAACAACUCGUAGAGUUUAAAAAGCAAAUGAUCCCUUUAAUGACACUCAACUCUUUUGGAAAGGCUGUGGACACAGCUUUUGAUGUUCAUAGUUGUGCCCUUCUCAAAGACUGUGUAACGUUGUGUUUACAUUAGACGACCAGCUGAGUAUGUUUGCAACACUAGUCUUUUUGCAAUAGCAUUAGCUCGCCACAACACUUGUUUAUAUGGAUAACAGUUCCAUGGUUUGUUUGUUUUGUAAGAACUUACCAUAUCUUUUAAUGUGAAAGCAGUGAAGUUGCUGAAAGAACUUUUUAAAACAGAGACGCAUAAUCUUUUUAUUAUCAGUGAACUUUGUUGAAUGGUACACCAGUAAUACCACACUUAACUGUUGUAGAUAGGGCACUUAAAAUACUGUAUUUCUUCAGUAAAUCAUGGCUCUUGGCCUGUAAAAUGGCAUAGAAAUUUUUUGUAGAAAUGUGAAAUACUAACUCCUAGGAGUUGCAUACUCUUUAUGGUGACUCAGUCACUUUUACUAAUCUUCUCUGAGAGAAACGGUGAUUUUUUUCCAAUGAUUGUAAAUAAGAGAAAUGUUGUAUACUGAUGCUUUUAAAAGGAACUACGUACCUGUGUGUCGGUGAAGGUUUUAGUGGUGAGGAGGACGUGAGGUUCACCAAGAAUUUGCUAAUUUGCUGUUAUGGAGAUGUCACCCCCUCUUUUUAUCUCACAGCGUAGACCCACAAAUACAAUACACACACAUACACAUGUUAAUGUGCAAUUGCAGGUCAGAAAAACCCAACAUUCCAUGCAAUAUAACUACACAAAGUUGCCAUGGUUUGCUCCACUUUGUUUGAUUGUGAUGUCCUGUAGUCGUCACUGUAUCUAAUGAACACUAAUAGACAGAUUGUUGCAUGCACACUUGCAUGCACGCACA